GGGGGGGGGGGGGGGGGGGGGCGGCCUUGCUAGGCGCAGGCGAUCCGUGCUCUGCCGAAACCAAAGAAGCUUUCUCGGUUGGCGCAGAGAAGCCGCACGGGCAGGAGCAUGAAACGAUACCCGUCCCGGACCCCGGAGUCGAGACGUCACGGUGCUAAUCUUUGCUCUAUCAAGUAUUCGGCAUUGCCUGGCCGGCGACAAAGAGCCGCCCGAGGGGUGGUUAUCAGUCAGGGGAGUGGCAUGCGAGUACUGCUGCAGGUGCAGGUGCCAAUGCCCAUCCCUCUCAAAAUGGCCACUGUAUCUCCUUCUCUACAAUUGUAAUUGCGUCAGCAAAAUCAGCAACAUCAACAAAACUCUUACCAAAUGCAAAUACGCAGCAAUUGAAUCCGUCGCAGGUCGUCGUCUCCGCUUGUCCCAACGCAUCAGCAACAUGUCCGCACUUAUAAACCAGGCGCCCCUAAACCUUGGGCCUCUUACCACAGUCUUUACACCACCUCCGGCAUGUACGGUGGCCGUCGGGCAGAGGAAUGGCGGUCUCUUGGGGUUGGGUCUCCUGGGGGGCGGGUCAGUGGGAAAUGUCGCGUUCCUAGGCCAGACAUGCGACGCCGGUAAUCCAGCAGAUGUGACAACAUGCUGGCCGCCGACAUCAAGCGGGGUGCCGUCGCCACCGGUUCCCUUCAGUGGCUGGGGAUUCUACUCUCCUGGCCUUGAUUGUCCUGCCGGGCACGUAUCGGCAUGUUCGGCGACAGGAGGUGCUGGAGGGAACUCGGGGUGGCCGGUGCAGUUCAAGCUGCUUGAUGGAGAGACAGCCAUCGGCUGCUGUCCUAGCGGGUUCGCUUGUGACAACAUUAAUGGCCAAACAUGUCUCAUGGUGGCCACCUCAACGGCUGUCCCCAUAGUGACGUGCAAUGGGAGGAGGAGCGCAGGUGUCGUGACACAGACCGUCCCAGACGCUGCUGCCUCCGUCACAGCCUUCAGCCUGUUCGCGCCCAUGAUUCAGAUCAACUUCCAGAGCAGUGACAGGCCGGCACCAUCAACUGUACCGGCAGCGGCAGCGGUGACCACCUCCAAUGCGAGGCCAGACCCCACGCCCACCAGCUCCGGUGACGCGGCCACAUCAAGCGACACGGGGGCCGCCUCGACAGACGCCGCAUCCACAUCCGCGGCGAGCGCCAGACCAGGAACGGCCGGCACUGACGAGAGCGGAUCCGACGACGACGACCAGCAGCAGCCGAGUUCCGAAGGCGCUACCGGCACCGGCGCCGACCCGUCGCUCCAGACGCAGGCCAAGGAGACCGGCCGGGCGGGGGGGCUGGGCAACCUGUCGCGGGGGGCGACGAUGGGCAUCUUCAUCGGGGGCGGGGCGGCCGGGCUGCUCGUGGUCGGGUCGACGCUCAUCUUCUGCCUAAGAAAGCGCCGCAAGGAGCGCGAGGAGCGCGAGCUUGACCGCAUGUACGGCCUGGACAAGCUGGACUCCAGCACGGGCCUGACGCGGGCGGACGAGUUCCCGGGCUUCUCGUACCGCGGGCCGGAGGCAGCGGGGGACACGUCUAGGUCGAGAAACUUCUGAGGCGGGUAGGGGGUUUGCUGUGGAGGCUUGGGAGUGUUCUACUUAUCCGGUAUUGGCGUUCUUUGGGGCAUAGAGCGUUGCUUUGAGUAGGUGGCUUUAAAGGUGCAGGCCUGGCCGCUGACAAGAUGAAUGAUCUGGGUCUGGUGGAGAAAUUAUCUCUUGUAUACCGGCAUAAAGACAUAGUAAUGAUGAAUGACCAUUAGAUACCUCAACUUUUGAAGAAAAGAUAUCAAUAUCAAUCCAGAUGCUGG